AUGGUUACUGGUCCUAACCACGGCCCGUUUCACACCUUCGACCCGAAUAUCGCGGGACAAAAACCCGAUCAGGCCUCAAAUGGCGCCCCCUCCUGGUGGGGGAACUGGGGGGCGCAGCCUCUCUUCAGCUUCCUCCCCUCCGGCGUGCCCCGGAAAAACUCCAGUAUGAAACCACAGAUAGAAAGAGAGAGAGACAUGAGUUUCACCAUUUCUACUAGGACAAAAACCCGAUCAGGCCUCAAAAGGCGCCCCCUCCUGGUCGGGGAACUGGGGGGCGCAGCCUCUCUUCAGCUUCUUUCCCUCCGGCGUGCCCCGGAAAAACUCCAGGUAAGUUUCAGCCUUUCUACUAGGACAAAAACCCGAUCAGGCCUCAAAUGGCGCCCCCUCCUGGUCGGGGAACUGGGGUGCGCAGCCUCUCUUCAGCUUCUUUCCCUCCGGCGUGCCCCGGAAAAACUCCAGGUAAGUUUCACCAUUUCUACUAGGACAAAAACCCGAUCAGGCCUCAAAGGGCGCCCCCUCCUGGUCGGGGAACUGGGGGGCGCAGCCUCUCUUCAGCUUCCUCCCCUCCGGCGUGCCCCGGAAAAACUCCAGUAUGAAACCACAGAGAGAGAGACAUAUGAAACCACACAGAGACAGAGAGAGAGAAGUAAGUUUCAGCCUUUCUACUCGGACAGAAACAAGUCAGGGGUCAGAGGGCGCCCCCUCCUGGUCGGGGAACUGGGGGGCGCAGCCUCUCUUCAGCUUCCUCCCCUCCGGCGUGCCCCGGAAAAACUCCAGGUAGGACGAGAACACGUACUUGUUCAUGACUUUGAUGCGGCCGAACACGUCCAGCUCGGUGUGCUGGGCGUGGCCCUCGGCGUCCAUGGCCGCCCGGGCCUGGACGUACAGGGCGUUCUCCUUCUGCAGGAGCUUUUCCAGCCAUCUUCUCCGGCCUGGCUCCGCCCCCUCGCGGUGCAUAACGGGCCCUCGGCGCCCCGCAAACGGCCGACUUCGCACCCGAUCACGCUCAUGAGGAAGAGGGAAAACACGCGGAAGUUUCGCGCGGAGGCCGACAAAACGGCGGCCAGGAAGUAG